AUGGCUCCUUUGGUCAACGGAUACGGCUUAACCGAGUCAAUGGCCAUGGGCGGCUUGAUGGAUCCUGGGCAAUGGCGACCAGGAUCUAUGAGCAUCCCGGCCAGCAUAGAAAUGAAGCUAGUCGACUACUCCGAGGCAGGCUACCUCACCAGUAACGACCCAUCACAAGGAGAGAUAUGGAUACGGGGCGAUAGUGUUAUGGAAGGGUACUAUGACGACGAGGACGAGUCCAAGAGUGCCGUCGCGCCUGGCGGUUGGCUCCGCACCGGCGACAUUGGGCAGUGGGAACUUACAUGCAGCGGCGAUGACUUUCAUUUCAGAAUCAUUGACCGGAAGAAGAACAUUGUCAAAACGCUCAACGGAGAGUAUAUCGCGCUUGAAAAGGACUCCCUUCUGCAGUUGAAACAGAUUGCUGAGGAGGCUGGGCUUGCCUCGAUUGAGGUGGUCGAGGCGGUUGUGCUUGUUGACGAUGCAGAGUGGACUCCUCAAAAUGUUAGUGCCAUCAUUCAGAAUUGA